GACUCCGAGAAGUCGGCGGGGCUGGCCGAAGAGGGCUGAAGGGAUGGGGACCCCGGCAGCGCUGCCGCUGGACGGGCUUCUGCACGUCUUCUCCUUCCUGGAGGCGCCGGACCUGCUCCGCGCGGCCCAGGUGGACAAGGUCUGGAAUGAAGCUGCCGAGUAUGCCUUCCUGUGGAGGAGGCUAAGCCUGAGCCGAUGGACUUUCUGCAACAUUUCUCAAGCAAGUAAAGGAGCACAGACAUGGAAACAGUACUACCUCCAUCGUUCUCAGCUAGAACACCAAAUGGCCCGUGGGAGGCCCUCACAAGAUUUCACUUGCAAAGCUAUUUCAGGGCACGAGGGAAAGAUAGAUGGAAUGGCUUACCUCUCAGCCAUCGAACACAGAUUUGACGGGCAGGAGAAGUCAGUGGUGUGCACUGUGUCAGCAGACUGUACUGUCCGUGCCUGGAAUGUUCAAGAGGGCACUCAGAUCUGGUCCAGCUCUGUUCAGCCAGCUCCACUGAGGAGCCUCCUGACUGUCCCUGAGCAUCAGCUGGUCAUCACCAGGGAUGAGCAAGGGACCAUCAAAGUAUGGGAUGGACAAACUGGGAAGGAGCAGGCCACCUUCAUCACACACUCUACCUGGUGUAAUCUGGUGCUCUGUGGGGUGCCAGAGAACCCUUUCUUGACAGUGGCCAUUACAGAAGGUGUGCUUUAUACCUUAACAGUUCCCUGCUUGAAGGAGGUCUCCCGAGUUACUGCAUUUCAAAAUUGUCAUAUAGAUUUGCUACUCUGCUCACCUGACAAGAACUGGCUGUUAGUUGGCUCUACAGAGACUCCAGAUGUUUUGGCAGAGGUAUUUCAUAGAGAUUCCUUGACCAGACCAUCUGAAGAUAAGCCUCUUUCUAAUUCCCUGCCUGUUGGGGAAUGUCGGAAUGCCAGCUGGGCACCCAGAGAGGCAGCCAGGUUAAUAGUGCUGCAUGAAGAUAGAACAACCAGAAACUUGUCUGUUACCACUUUUGAUAUAGCAUCAAAACGAUCCAAGAAUAAAGUGGAAAUACUGGCACAACAGGUUGCAAGUUUCAUAUUGCCAGAAUCCAGCAGAAUGCCUCAUAUACUGGAAAGCCAUGGUAGUGACAUCAUUCUUCUAGGAUGUGGAUCAGGAAUGACAAUCUUUUCAAUCACUGGCAACUUGUUAGCAUCCUUUCAGGACCAUCACCAGACAAUCACAUCCAUAUGGGUGGACAGUUUUCGUGUCGUCACCUCCUCCCAGGACAUCUCUCUACGAGUGUACACAUGGAAAAGGGAAAAGAACACUGUUGUUCUGAAGAGCUGCUAUCACUUACUAGGGGGAUCUCACAGGUGGUCCAGUGGAUUCACAGAUGUGGCAUGUGACAAUGUGAGCAUCGUGGCUGUGGAGACCAGAAAAUGUGGCAAGAGCAUUUUAAAGGCAUAUUUCUUUAAUCUAUAACAUAUUUAAGAUAGUAGUUAUAAUUCUGUCUCUCCAUUCUGCCUUUAGUAAAGAACAUUAAAAAUUAUAAAAAUUUUGACCAAUAAAUUGGAAGGCAAGUUGUGAUGACAUUUAACAAAUAUUUGCUUCUCUACUAUAUCUAAGGCUCUAUGAAGGAUACAAAUAUGCAUGAUUUAAAAAAAUUUUCACUCCAAUAAAGUAUGUAAAGAAUUUU